AUGCUGCCUUCUGUGCUGGAAGACGAUGACGCAGAAACAGAAACUGAGAAACUGCAGCUGGGGGAGUGUCCAUCGACAUUGGUUGCCCUAAGUGUAGGUAUCCGUUUUAUUCUUCUGGCAGCAGAUCCAUCUAAUCUCCUCACUCAGGCUGCUACCUUUGAGGAGUCACAGUAUCUUCCUUUGUCAUUCUACACUCAGCAAAUAGUGAGCGGGACAGAGGUCGACGUGCGUGGGCCAAAGGACCGUUGCUCAAGCCCUGAUGGGAACAUGCUAGAUGGAGGUGAAAGAGAGGUUGAAGAGGAUGAGGAGAAAGAGGAGGAAGCGAAUGAAGAGGAGGAGCUGGGAGGAGAGGAGUAUGUGAUCUCUGAUGAGGACUACGACACAGAUUUGGAGCUCGGAGAUAAGGAGGAGGCAUAUGACCCAACCGGGCAGACGUGCUACAUGGAGGCAUGUGAAACAUUACAGGUGGUACCUGCCUCUUACUUCCUGCAACAUAUGCAAAAUAGCGAGAUGUGCCUGAUGCAUCGUGGUCUAGGACCUCAGGGCACCAAAGCACUGGCGGUUCCCCUGGUAACCAACACUUCAAUACUGAGGCUGAACCUGCGAGAUAAUUGGAUGGAAGGAAUGGGCGGAGCUGCUAUAGCUGAGAUGUUAAAGGAAAAUUGUUACAUUACAGAGGUGGACCUUUCCGACAACAAUCUUGGGGAUUAUGGGGCCAGAGCCAUAGCUGGUAUGCUUAAGGAGAACAUCACACUGGUGUCACUCAAUCUGUCAGGAAACCAUUUCACAGACCAAUCUGCUGAAUACUUUGGCCCAGCACUGAUCACCAACACCAAGCUACAGCACCUCGACCUCAGCCACAACGCUCUAGGAGAGCGUGCAGGGCAAAACCUGGGAGACUCUCUGUCAGAGAACACAGGGUUGCGAUCACUAAGUCUGGCCUGGAACUGCAUCCGAGGGAGAGGAGCUGUGAUGUUGGCUAAUGGACUCGGGGGAAACAUUUUCCUUAGAACAGUGGAUCUGUCAUUUAAUGGUUUUGGUAAAGAAGGAGCCAUUGCUUUAGGAGAGGCUCUGAAAGAGAACUCUGUUUUGGAGGAGUUGAAUGUGAGUAACAACCGAAUACCCCCUGAAGGAGCGAUUCGCCUAGCCAUGGGCCUCAAAGUAAACAAGACAAUCAAAUCCCUGAAUAUUUGCAAGAACCCCAUCCAGAAUGUGGGGUGCUAUGGGAUCCUCAAGUCGAUACAGGGAAACCCAGAUUCGGCUAUGGAGGCAUUAGACUUUUCGGACAUCACAUUGAACCGGGAUUUUGAAGACUUGUAUACGGCAGUGAAAGAAAUAUUCCCUGCGCUUACAGUAAAUCACGGGGACAAAUUUGGCACAUUCAGAAAAGCAAAAGCUUGAAAAUUGUUUUUGUGUAGAUUGUGUAAAAAAAAGGGUAAUUGCUGUACUUUUAUGCCAGAAAAUAUGGAAGGAGUCUUAUCAAAGCCCUGUGGACCUUUUUAAUUGACAGAUUAACCAAAGGAUGAAUGCAAGAAUAUUAUUUUUUAAAAGAUGUAUUUUUUUUAAAGCGCAUUGAGAGAAUAUUCCUCUGAAUGACGUGUUUAGAUAACAUAAAACUUGUUGAAUACCUAAUCAAUUGAAAAUAAAGAUUAUUCAAACAUAAUUUGGUAAUUUUCCAAAAGAAAUACAGUGGGCCUACAUACACCACAUACUGUGUGUGUGCUUGAAAUAUAGCGCUGUUAAAGUCAUUGAACACAGGGAAUACAAUAUAAUACAGGUAUUGAGUCUUUUUAGGUAUGAUCUGAUUUGAUGUUAUAUAAUGUCAGUGGGUAGAAUGAUGGAGAGGAUCGGAGAGCACUGCAUUGUGUAUGAAAAGAGGUGAAAGUGGGUUGCACAAAGGAUUUAAGUACUGCAUGACUAGUCUAAUAGAGAAACUAGCUUUGAAAGAACAGGUCCACUAUUAGAUAAGAGUCCUGUUUACUGCAACUGAACUCAAACAGAGAUACAGUAAGCUGUCAUUUGGAGACAUGUAUCCCUCCCAUACAACCCUAAAAAUGAUCUCCAACCCAGUAAUUUUAUUUCAUAUUAAUUAUAAAAACACCAAUAAUAUCUAGUCAUACUGCAUGUGUAUUUGUUUAAAAUCUUACAGUGUAUUACUUUGUUAGGCCUAUUUAUAAACUUUAAAUGCAGGGAUGGAAGGUGGCUCAACAUUUAGUGUAGUAGUACUGUUUUUAAGUACAAUGUUAAACCAAAGGUUAAAGUCAAGGGCAACUGGACUUGGUUGAAGAUACUGGAAGAUGUUUCAUCCCUCAUCCAAAGGACUUCUUCAGUUCUGACUGACU